AUGAGUAAAGUAACAAAAAAAAUGAUGUCUGCGUGUGCACUUUGGAAACCCAAAGAAGAAGUAGCUGAAAAAACUAAUAAAGAAAUAAAGAAGAAAAGCAGCUAGCUUACUUCACGAGCUCCUCUGAGCACACAACAAAAAAGAUAUUUAUAUAUAUAUAUGUUGAUGAAGAACACGUCUGCUCAAUCAAAACCCUAACAGAAGUGCAAUCUCAUCAUCUACUUUAAUUUGCUGUAGAGAAAAGGCGCUUUUAGGUGGGUUGUAAUAAUGUGAGAGGUAGCUUGUUCAAGUUAAAAAGAGAGAGAGGUUGUGUUGAACUAUGGAUCGGACGGCAGUGACAGUAGGACCAGGUAUGGACGUACCGAUCAUGCACGAUAGUGAUAGAUAUGAACUUGUACGGGAUAUUGGUGCUGGGAAUUUUGGUGUUGCAAGGCUUAUGAGAGAUAGGCAGACUAACGAACUUGUUGCUGUUAAGUACAUCGAGAGAGGUGAGAAGAUUGAUGAAAAUGUUAAGAGAGAAAUCAUCAACCAUAGAUCAUUGAGGCAUCCUAACAUAGUCAGAUUCAAAGAGGUCAUACUGACACCAACUCAUUUGGCUAUUGUGAUGGAAUUUGCAUCUGGAGGGGAGCUGUUUGAGCGCAUAUGUAAUGCUGGUCGUUUUAGCGAGGAUGAGGCACGGUUUUUCUUCCAACAACUCAUAUCAGGGGUCAGUUAUUGUCAUGCUAUGCAAGUGUGCCAUAGAGACUUGAAAUUAGAGAAUACAUUACUGGAUGGAAGUCCUGCACCAAGGCUAAAGAUUUGUGAUUUUGGAUAUUCUAAGUCCUCGGUGUUGCAUUCACAACCUAAGUCAACUGUUGGUACACCUGCAUAUAUUGCUCCAGAGGUGUUAUUGAAGAAAGAAUAUGACGGAAAGAUUGCAGAUGUCUGGUCUUGUGGAGUGACUUUGUAUGUCAUGCUGGUGGGAGCAUACCCUUUUGAAGACCCAGAGGAACCUAAAAAUUUUCGGAAGACAAUACAGCGAAUCUUGAACGUACAAUAUUCAAUUCCUGAUUAUGUACAUAUCUCUCCUGAAUGUCGUCAUCUAAUAUCAAGGAUUUUUGUUGCAGAUCCUGCAAAGAGGAUAUCAAUCCCUGAGAUCAAGAACCAUGAGUGGUUCUUGAAGAACCUUCCUGCAGAUCUCAUGGAUAAUACUACAAACAACCAGUUUGAGGAGCCAGAUCAACGUAUGCAGAGCAUUGACGAAAUCAUGCAGAUAAUAACUGAGGCCACCAUUCCUGCUGCUGGGACCAACAGCCUUAAUCAUUACCUCACUGGAAGCUUGGACAUUGACGAUGACAUGGAAGAAGAUUUGGAGAGUGAUCCUGACCUCGAUAUCGAUAGCAGUGGAGAGAUUGUCUAUGCAAUGUAAAAGAUAUGUGGAUGUCUAAAUUGACGACAGAUCAAAUAUAACCAGUUUGACUUCCGCAGAUCUUAAUCAGCUGGGCGAUCUUUUGGUAUCCACUGUUUGUAUAUGAAAUGCAAGUUUGCAGCAAUUCAGGUUCUCCACUCUUUGUUUUCUUUAGUGACUGUAGCUGUUAUGUAUUGCUUGAUUUCACUUUCUAAUUAAUGCGUGUUAUUGCAAAAACUACUGUGUAAUGAUAUAAUUUCACAGUAAUGCUUACUGUAGCUGUAAAUUUUCUUCUGUUACUAAAUGUAAGAUAGUUUUAAUCAAA